AUGUCUUAAUAACUAUUUAAGGUGUAUUUGCAAUCCAUUUCACAUACUUUCAAAGAUUUGCCAAAAGGAAACUUUUAUUGGAGAUUCCAUAAAAGAGAUAUUAACAAAAUUGUUACUACACCUUGUCCUGUAGAUUCACCAACCAAAGAAAAAGACAUAGAAAUUUUUAAAGAUUUGAGAGCAUAGAUUGGAGUUAGAGAAGACUUUGUUUGCCCAUAAUGUCCACACCAUGCAAAAUGUUAGAAAGCAUUUAUUUAAUCAGAUGCAGGUAAUAUGCAAACAUUGCUUUUGCCACAUCUUUCUUAAUUUUUAGAAACUAUAAGUACUCAUUAAAUGAACAUGUAAAUUAAUAUUUAUUAUGUUUUAGUUAAAAUGAUUAAAAAAGUUUUUGGUUGUCUAGUACAAGAGUUUUAGAUACAUUUCAUUCAAUUUUAAUUGAUUUUUAACUCAAUCAAAAUAAACUUAAUGAAUAAUUUUUAAGUGAUAUAGCUUAAGUUUCAGAAAAUGAGUCUAUUCAUUAAUAAGAUUCAAACAUAAAAAAAGAUAAAUAUACUAAGAAGGCUGAUUUCUUAGAUGAUUAAAAUUAUCCUUCAAAAAAAGAAGCCAGAAAAUUUGAAAAUCAAGAAUCUGAUAAUGAUAAAAAGUAUCAAUAUAAAAAAUAAAAUCAUUAUGAAAAUUCUGAAAAUAGAUAUGAAAAAUAUAAUAAAUAUGAUAAAGGAGAUAAAUAUAAUAAUAAAUUUGAUAGAUCCGAUAGAUUUGAUAGAUCUGAUAGAUCUGAUAGAUCUGAUAGAUCUGAUAGAUCUGAUAGAUCUGAUAGAUCUGAAUAGUUCAAUAGAAAAGAUAGAUUUGACAAAUAUGAUAAUCACUAAAGGUAAGAUAGAUAAUUUGAUUCAAAUAAAUAUAAUGAUUAUGGAAAAAAUGAUAAAUAUGCACAUAAAUAUGAUAAAUAUGAAUAAAGAAAUGAUAAAUAUGAAAGAUAAGAUAGCAAUGAUAGAUAUAACAGAAAAGAAAGACCAUAAAAAUAUGAUAGAGAAGAUAAUAAUGAUUAAUAUAGAUAGAAAAGAAGUUUCGAUAGAUCUGAAGAUCAAAGACAAAGUUAUGAUAGAAGCGAAAGAAGAGACUAAUUUGAUAGGAAGGAUAAAAAUAAAAGAAGCUAUAAAGGAGAUAGAUUUGAUAGAGAAAAAAUGAAUUUUGAUGAAGAAAGCAAUCAAACACCAACAAAUCAUUCAGGUAAAAGAGAUAAUUUUAAAAUGAAUUUUGAUGAAAAUGAAAGUUAAAGUGAAUUUCGUGUAGAGAAGGAUAGAUUUUAAAGAAAAAUGAAAAUAGAUAAAGUUUAAGAGGAGUAGGAUUUCAAUUCAUUUGUUUAAUAAAGAGAACAAUAUUUGAGGGAGAAAGAGGAUAAUUUUUAAGGGGAAAAAAAAUAAAAUUAGAAAUAGAAAGAAGUUAAGACAGUCUAAAAUGAUUAAUCAAAUCAAAGUGAAUUUAACGAAGAAGAAGAAUCUUCAUCCGGAAGAAAAGUUAAAAGAAGUUCAAAAUUUAAAGUGCAGUGAUUUAAAAUAUUGUAUAUUAAUAAGAAGAAGUUAUCUAAUAUAAAAUGGC